AUGUCUACUAUCAGAGCGCUGUUGGAUCAAGGCUCACAAGCGUCUUUCGUUACGGAGCGUACUGUGCAGAGUUUAGGGUUACAUAAACAAGCAGUUGAGGGUUCGAUUACUGGCAUAGGUGGUCAUAACAAAUUAACUUUAAAUUCGGUUGUUGAGAUCAAAAUUCAAUCUAGGAUUAAUUCAUCAUUUGAACUUGUAGUCAAAGCAUAUGUUCUCAAAUCUAUAACGUCUUUGCUACCGGGUGGAGAAAUAUCAUAUUUAGAUUGGACUCAAGUUAGUGAUAUGGAACUAGCGGAUCCUAGAUAUAACAAACCAGAUAAAGUCGAUAUGUUGUUAGGGGCAGAAAUUUACAGUCAGGUUUUGCAGAAUGGGUUUAAAAGAGCACCUGAUGGUAGCACAAUAGCUCAGGCUACUUCAUUGGGAUGGAUUUUAUCGGGUACAGUAGCCUCUGCUUCUCAGCAAACAUCAAAUAUUACCGUGAUGCACGCGCAACUCGGGAAUGACGAAAUCCUGAAAAAGUUCUGGGAAAUAGACAAGGAACCAAAUCGCAUCAGGAAACAGAGACUCACCGAAGAAGAGGCUAGAUGUGAAGAAACAUUUAUGGCUACAUCUACUAACAAGGGAAAAUGCGCAGAAGUUAUGAAGGAGAGUUUGCAACUGGGACACAUGAGGGAACUAUCUAAAUCAGACGAGCAAAAUGAGCAUGCUGUGUACUUACCUCACCACGCGGUUGCACGUAAUGACAAAGACACAACCAAGGUUCGGGUUGUUUUUGAUGCUUCCUGCAAGGGAAAGAAUGGAGUAGCUCUCAACGACGACCUAAUGAUUGGACCUAGGCUGCAACCAGAUUUGCGAAAUCUGUUGAUUGAUUGGAGAACGCACCCGUUGUUGGCAGUGCGAUCGAUGCUGCAAGUGGCGUACGAUGAUGGAGUCAAAUAUCCACUCGCAGCUGAAAGAGUUCUUAAAGAUGAUUAUGUGAAUGAUCUAAUGACUGGUUGUGACACUACAAAAGAAGGUAUGAAAAUCUAUAAUCAAAUGAACGAGUUAAUAGCAAAGGCAGGAUUCACUGAACAAAAAGGGUUAAGCAGCAGCAGUGAAUUACUGGAGAAAAUGAUCGGGAAAAAAUACUCGUUCAAGGGGAAAGAUGAAGCGGAAAGGCUACCAGCGCUGCAAGAAACUGUAAAAAAGGAAAAAAUCGUGAGUUUCUGGAAUUGGAUGGGAUGA